AUCGACUUCCUCCAUCUGAAGAAGCGCCAUUUUCGGCGUAGUCAUACAGCAUGCCGCCAAUGUUUAUCAGAUAAUAAUAACGAAUUUCAGUGUUUAUUAUUGUCUGUUAGCUUUCCGAGUACUAUCUGAAAGAUGGGACGAAAGAAGAAGAAGCAGAUGAAGCCAUGGUGCUGGUAUUGUAAUCGAGAUUUUGACGAUGAAAAGAUCCUCAUCCAACAUCAAAAGGCCAAACAUUUUAAGUGCCAUAUAUGUCAUAAGAAGUUGUAUACUGGUCCGGGGCUGGCAAUCCAUUGUAUGCAGGUUCAUAAAGAGACCAUCGACGGCGUCCCUAAUGCCAUACCCGGAAGAGUAGAUAUAGAAUUAGAAAUCUACGGCAUGGAAGGAAUUCCAGAGAAGGAUAUGCAAGAGAGAAGACGGACGUUAGAACAAAAACAGGAAAGCCAGAAGAAGAAGCAAAAUCAGGAUGACUCUGAUGAGGACGAUGAUGAUGAUGACGCCCCAGGCCCUUCAUCAUUCCAGCAGCCGCCACAGAUGACUACUCCACAGCCCCAGGCUGGAUACGCCCCUCCCAUGUCCCAGCCAGGUAUGCCCCCAGGGGCCGGGGCUCCAGGCAUGCCCCCAGGAGGCUACUCAGGAAUGCCACCUAUGAUGCCAGGAGUCCCUCCCAUGAUGCACGGCAUGCCCCCUGGUAUGCAUGGAAUGCCCCCAGGCAUGAUGCAUGGGAUGGGGGGGAUGAUGCCUCCCAUGAUGCCAGGAAUGCCCGGGAUGCCCCCAGGAAUGCCCCCUCACAUGGGCCACCGACCCGGUCUGCCCCACAUGGCCCCGGCUCCUGCCGCCGCGGGGAUGCCCCGGCCCGCUGCCGCGACCGCAGCCCCGGCCGCCGUCACCAAGCCCCUCUUCCCCAGCGCCGUACAGAUGGGCUCUCAUGCUCCAAGCACAGCCUCUUCCAGCGUCAGUGUAGACUCUCAGUCUGCUGCCGCCUCUAAGCCUCUGUUCUCUAACUCGCCACAAGCCCAGCAGAGUGCCUCUGGAGCCGUGCCUCACAGUGUGCCCUCCACCUCCUCCGACCCUCCCAAAGCAACAUUCCCCGCCUACACCCAGUCCUCUGCCCCCUCCUCCUCCAACCCCCCCAGUAGCACUGUGGCCAAGCCCCCGGCCACAGUGACCAGUAAACCAGCCACCCUCACCACCACGAGUGCAACCAGUAAGUUGAUCCACCCUGAUGAGGAUAUCUCACUGGAGGAGCGACGUGCUCAGUUGCCCCGGUACCAGCGUAACGUGCCCAGGCAGGGGCAGGUCCACAUGUCUGCCCCUCCCGUAGCGGCCGUGGGCGGCAUGAUGCCCCCCCAGCAAGGUAUGCCCCCCCAGCAGCCCGGCAUGAGGCACCCCAUGCACGGUCAGUAUGGCGCCCCCCCUCAGGGUAUGCCUGGCUACAUGCAGGGCGGGAUGCCUCCUUAUGGACAGGGACCUCCCAUGGGGUACCAAGGAGGGCCUCCCAUGGGCAUGAGGCCCCCUGUCAUGUCCCCGGCAGGCCGCUACUGACGCAGCAGUUACGCCAGCCGCCCAGCGUCCCCUCACUAGGUUUGGAGGUUAAACCUUUUCUCACCUUGUGCUUUUUAAAACUAGCCCAAGCCAAUGAGCAGUAAGACCAACCAGUGAUGGUGAAGAAAACCACUGAUGAAACAAAUAUAUUGACACAGCACACGGACAUUUAAACAUCACAUCUUUAAUGGAGGAGAGAAAACUAACAUAGAAAAAAAAAAAAAGUAAAAACACACAACUUCAUGAUGACAACUUCACGAUGUGGUUACACAUUUGAUACAUGUAUGGUGUUUUUCUUCUCAUGUUUCACUCAGGUUUGUAGAAGUGAAGUGUGUUAAAUAUGGUUCAUAUUGUUUUGACUGCUCGCUGCUGGAGAGUAACAUGAUCGUACCGUACCGCCCCCCCCUUACAAAAAGGCAAGUUUCUCUGUAAAUAUAUACUUUUCUGUUGCGUAGAGUGUAAGUCAGUGGCGAGGCCCUCACAGCACACUUAGGUGCUGUUGGACACCCUGUCCCCAACCAUCGGGUUGGUGAGGGUCCUCCUUGAUGAUGAUGAUGAUGAUGAUUCCAACUGUUAAGUAGUCUGUCACCAGAUCCGUGGGUUGUCUGUUAGUCUCUAGCUUUAUUCUUAUUUCAGGUUUAUUACAUGAUCAAAAGGGUAACUUAAUUGUGUGGAUUUAUUAUUCUCUGUACUGUUUUAAACAAUCUAUGUUGUAAUAAAACCCACUUAAAAUCCAA